UUCUUUAACCGCAUACCUGAAGAAUAAGCAUGUGUAUAUCCACACGCGUUCAUACUGCAGACAAGUUUCUUUUUUCUUUAAAAAAAACCAAACGCAUAUCUGGAACUGUAUUCGGUUGUGCGUGAACUAUCUUGACCGAGUCGAGAAUCUUUGUUUGCACACGUGACGUUUCAGGAAGUGUGGGCUACACGGAAGAUUAGGAAAAAAAUGCACUGAAUCCAUCGGACGGGUCGGGGAAUCGACCGUUGGUGGUGUUAAUAAUAUAGAGGCAAACAAUAAUACACAUUUAGUUCCAUAUUUACCGCGUCAUUUCAAGUUCUUGUUUUAAUCAUCAGGGCGUCGGGAACCUUGGGAGAGUUUGUCCUCCGAGUUAAAGUGAAGCUUUUUCGAACAAAGCUAGCUAGCGUCAACAACGAAACAACGAAACAGUUCGACUGACUUCUCUUCCGGGGUCGGCCCCUCGUUGUUCUGUCGGCAGAGCAGCUCCACGCGUUCACGGUGUCACUGUUGGGUCCGCGGUCUGUCCGCUGUUACUGCGGCGUCCCUCGUCUGUGCUGCGCUAACGAUGGCGUGGCAGUAGCCGCUCCGCUUCGUCCCGCGGUCGAGGAGUGUGCACACCCAUGUUACUCCCCUCGCCGACUCAAAGUCGCCACAGGGAACCAGAGGAGGGCAGACGCCUCGCGGCCAGUUGACACCACCAGACAACUUCGGACCAGGUGAGCAGCAGCAGCAGCGGCAGCGGCGGCAGCAGGUGACCAUGGACGGCGAGCUGUUCGACCAGGUCGUGGCCGCGGUGAACCAGCUGGUGUCGUGGGUCGCCGCCGGGGCCAUGGUGUUCGGCGGGGUGGUGCCCUACGUCCCGCAGUACAGGGACAUCCGCCGGACCCAGAACGCCGAGGGGUUCUCCACCUACGUGUGCCUGGUCCUCCUGGUGGCCAACAUCCUACGAAUACUCUUCAGAUUUGGCCGCUACUUCGAGACGCUGCUACUGUGGCAGAGCAUCAUCAUGAUCGCCACCAUGCUCAUCAUGCUCAACCUAUGCACCAACGUCCGCAUGGCCACCGAGCUCAACACCAAGAGACGCGCCUUCUUAGACUUUGACUGGAACUACUUCUGGUUGUGGAGCCACUUCGUGGACUACAUGCAGUGCGUGCUGGCCUUCACGCUGGUGGCGGCUUACAUCACAUACGUUCUCCUGGACUCUGUGCUGUUCGUGGAGACUCUGGGCUUCCUGGCCGUCUUCGCGGAGGCAAUGCUUGGCACGCCGCAGCUCUACUGCAAUUAUCAGAACAAGUCCACUGAGGGCAUGAGUAUCAAAAUGGUGCUGAUGUGGACCAGCGGCGACACCUUCAAAACGGGCUACUUCCUGCUCACCCAGGCUCCGGUGCAGUUCUGGACAUGCGGCCUGCUGCAGGUCAUGGUGGACAUCGCCAUACUGUUACAGGUUUAUUACUACAGCCGCUACCCACAGAAACCGGUCUCACACACCGCCUCACACACCACCAGUGCCAAAGCCCUCUGAGAGGCCACGCAAGCUCUCGGGAGACUCGUGAGGAAGCCCUUACAGAGGAACUGUGGACAUGUGUAAACAUGCAUGAGUACCACUGCACCUUGAGAUUAUGUUGGCUGCUCACAGUCACCUCUAUGUAUACAUGAAGACGCAUACAAACCCAUAAAUUAGUCAUGAACAUACACAGACUCUUGGUGGUGGUGGUGGUGGUGGUACCUGAAGGACUCCUGUUACACGUAAACUUGACCUUUUCGUUUUAUUUAUUACCCGACUGACUUCUUCUCAAUGCGACAGAAUGCUUUGUGUCUUGGAAUGCAGAAAUCUCAAAGAAUACAUCUUUGAAUCAAUCUGUGCAUGUGGAAACAUAUAAUGCACAUGAAUAUACAGUAUAUAUACACACUGCAGAUGCACUGAUGUAUGGGCUCAAGGAAAUUGUGGACCAGCUUUUUUCAUCCACAUUCACUGAUGAUUGUUGCAUGGACCGUCUGCCUUAAAACCAUACUCUGUAUAUAAAGAUGGACGACGCAAAAGGCUCCCAAAAGCAAAGACAAAUUAUCUCGAUUCCCCUCCAGUGACGGGCUAUAGGUCAAAAACCCCACCUCCCCCUUAUUGUUGGAUGGAACUUGGACCAUGUUGUCCAUGUAUCAGCAGGACCUCUAUACCGCGGCUCCACAGACAGUGGCUCCAAAUGCACAAGAUGGCGACACUAGUAGCUGCAAUGUUUUUUUGCUUAAUUUUUGUCCAACAGGAGGUAGUGGAGACACGUUGUCCAUCUUUAUAUACAGUCUAUGCUUAAAACACACACAUUCAAACAUGGCUUGCUGCAUUACCAGCAAUAUAAAUGUAUGAAUCAAUCCGAAAAAAAAGAAUAUUACUGAAUGUACAAAAUGGAAUUUGUUAUUUACUUGGUUUUUUUUAGCACAGUAGAGAAAUGUUCACUCUACUGCUUGUUGGAAAGAUGGCCUCCAUAGGCUUUGACAAUACAGGAUCAAUAUUAGUGGGAUACAACUAAGAAACGAGAAGCAAUCAAUAUUUACCCAAAGAAAAAAAAAUCCCAAAGGUUUGGGGACGCAAUGUACCGGCUUCUACAACACAAUUAGUCAUGAACACGCUUGGCUUUCAGAGUGAUGACAUAAGGCCAGUCUUCUGUCUGACACCAGAAUAGCUGGAAGCAAAGGUGUUGAGAUGUAAACCUAACUGUCAUCAUGACCUGCACACGUUUUCGAGAAAUUAAUGCCAACAUUUUCUACUGAAGUAGUUGAAGUCGCCGGCAUUUUUGUAUAUCAUUUUGAUCAUUGCCAUUUCAUGAAUGUUGGAAAAACCCCAAAGGAAUCAGUUUAGAACUUGGAUUCCAGUUUUCUUGGGGCACAUUCAGACUGAGCACAACGUAAACUUAAUGACACUCACUGUCAUCGAAGCAGGUCAACGCAUAUUUAGUGUGGGACUAGGGGACGUCAUCGAAAGUUGUAAAUGUAAGUAAUGUAAGCCAAUUGAAACCGGGUUUUUGCUUUGAGUUUGUGAAUCGGUUCCAUGCAGGUACGAGGAAAACCGAGCCACUGGAAAAUGUCACAAAGAAAACUGGACACAAACAACACGUAUGCUCUGUUAUGAAUGUAAUAGAUUGAUUUUAUAAUGUCUCUUUUUGAGAUUAAAAACAUUCCGGUGGUCGAAGAUAACCCAUGCGAGGCUUAGCUUCUCAUUCCGUCUGAACUCACCUGUAGCAUUUAAACAGCAUCUCAAUCACAGGAUCGUCACGGAAUUGAUUAUCAUCAGUUUAGCAACUGUUUAAAGAAAAUAGCUCUGCUUUUUUUUUUACAACUUGUGCUGCAGUGAUAUGAUGUUUGCAGGAUUGGAAGAACAGAAACCCUUCAAUAGUCGCGAUAUUUAGAUUAGAUGGGGACAAACUGUGUAUAACUCAGCUGUGAGUGGAAUUGAGUUGAAUACACGAUUUUAGUCCGAAUUAACUGUCGGUGUAGUUCUAUUCUGGCACAUCUGUAGUACUUUGUUUUGCCAAGUGGGAGAUAUCAUAGCUGAAGUACAACUAGGAGGCUGAUGGUAAACAGUGUGUCCAAUUCAGUCGCUCAGAAUUAUUCUGAACAAUAUGAAGUAUUUUGCAAUCUUGGCCAAUUGUAAUGAUAACAUUGUACUCUGUUAAAUGCUGAGACCCAGGACUGAAGCAACAAAAGAAGUCCUACUGUCUAGGAAAGGUUCGCUCUACAGAUGGACACUUUUGAAUCUGCUCAUAUCUUUGCCACCAUCAUAUUGCCAAUGUGUUAGACAGACGGUGCAGCUUAUUAUUCAUAUUCCACAUUCAAUAACACCCUCUGAUGUCCAUCCUCGUGAUACCGCUCCGUGUGUGCUGUUUCAGGCAAGGUGUACUCAUCAACGUUUUUUGUCAUGAGAAAUUAAUUUCCUGUUCAGCAGCAAGACCAGCCACAGUGAGGAUUUCUUUCUUUUUUGCCAUUGUUGUUUUGUAAUGUUUUCUCCGGGGUGGGAAGAAAUGCCAAAGCAGGAGAUGUACGACUGUCAGCCCUUCAGUGAACUGUGUACAAGAGCAGACCUGAUUCUGUCCUCCUCUCCUGAACCUCGAAAAUGGAAACGUCCCUUUUAUUCCCCUGGGACUCUACAGGAGUUUUCUAUGAAUAUUUCUUCCUCUCUCCUCUCUUAGAUAUCAAAAAAAAGGACAUGAUGGAGGAUUCCUUGGUAUCUUAGUAAUAAAGGUGCACUUUUUGUGUUUACUCUUUUGCCACCCUAUUUAUUUCGUUCACUUUUUGAAAUAAUCUUAAAAUGUGCGUAUAUACAGUACUUCUGUUCUUUAUUCAGACUGCAGGUAGGCCGAUUGUGUUGUAAGGAUAUUGUGAGAUACAGUAUGUUAUACUUGAUAUGUUAUUGUUGUGCUCAACAGGAUCAUAGGAGCUCAGACUUCCACUUUUGUCCAUUGUUCCAUUCCAUGUAUAUGGUUUCACUUUUGUAAUUUUUCCAUCCUUUGGUUUCAUUUGUUUUAUCAUUUGAAGGUAUUUUUACCAUUGAAACUGCCACGUUUUACUUUGCCCUUUCUGUGAAACCCCGAGCUAGUUUGUUUAUGUACCAAAAUACCAUUCAUGUAUUCAGUUUUUUACUCUUAUUACUUCUGUUUUUAUGUGUUUUUUUUGUGUUUCUAUUAAAAUGCCAGCAGCCAACCUCAGCCUGCAACAACAGCCAUCAACACUUGUUGAGGCUGUUUAAACACCAAGCAUUGUCUGGAAUCUAACUUGGCGUCGUCACCCAUUAAAGAGGACAGGGAGAAAGUCAUGCGUCA